AUGAGAAAAUAACAGCAAUAACAAAUACAGUUGCAUUAUCUGAUCUCUUUGAUCUUUCAAAAUCCAUUAAUCCUUCUGAAUUGGUUCAAUAAAUCGCCGCUUAACUUCUUCUCAUCCCAUGGGUUAUAAAUAUUUCUCCCGUUUAUUGAAUACUAGAAAGAUCUGAUCAUCCAAAAAAUAUUAGAAAGAAUUAGAAUGGGUGUAUUAUAGUGCAAACGAGAAAUUAAAAAGAUGAUUACCACGGGAUAAAUAUGCGCUAAAUUAAACUAGAAAAACAACCUCAUCAAAUAAGUUAGUCAGUACUUAGAACUUCUACAGAACCAACUAGAAAUCAUUAAUAAGAGCAAGAAGUGCAUGUCUUCUUUAAACAAAGAAUCAAGAUUAAGAAUGAAUAAAAAGAAAAAAUCAAUUAAAAUAAGGUUCUCUCCAAUAAGAACAUAAGAGUUCAAAAUCUUCAAUAUCUAAAUAAAGAAGACUAACAAAAUGAAGAGAUCAAGAUCAAGGAAGUGA